GGAAACCAAUAAUCAGUCCUUCUUCCUCUAUCCCUGAUGUGUCACAGUCACUUGCGUCAAAGAACAUGUAUCAGGUUUAGGUUCUCUUGCUGAAACCUGUGUUAACCUGAACUGAGGAGAUGAGGGAGAAAGCGAAAGGAUCGAUCAGUUUAAGGAUGUUGGACUUCGGGUGCCGGCUGUGGCACCUGACGCUGUUGCUGUGUCUCACAGGACUCCUGCAGGGGGAUCUGUGCUACGGUCAGCGUCUGGUCCAGAUCCAGGAAGGUCCUCUCUAUAGAGUGAAAGGAUAUCCCAUCUCCAUAUCCUGUAAUGUUAGUGGAUUUAAAGGCCCAUCUCAGCAGGAUUUUGAAUUUAAGGUCAUGAAAUCAAACAUGCCUAUAAAUAUCAUCAGUACUACAGCGACAGACUUUGUCUAUGCAAUGUUCUCCAAAAGAGUAAGGGAAAAAGAUAUUGAGAUUGAGAGGUUGUCAGGAUCUUCAGUUCUCUUGAGGAUCAAACAAUUGCUUGAAGGGGAUGCGGGUGAUAUCUUCUGUGAAACUCCAAACACUGAUCCCAUAUAUCUUGGAAGUUAUGAAGCAGAAACAAAACUUCAUGUGAUUGAGGACACCCUGAAGGCAUCGUACUCUGGCUCUUCCUCUCAGAGCUUGUCUGAAGGUGAUCCUCUUCAGCUUGAGUGCCAGGUCUCCAGCGAGACUUAUCAGCACACCCAUCUGUCGGUCAGCUGGUUUCUCCACAGUGGAGCCGAUGAGAACCCCCGACCAAUCAUCACUCUGGACAAAGAUCUGACGGUAAAGCCAGGAGCUGGAUUUGAGGAUCGCUACCACGCAGGUCUUAUCAGCAUGGAUAAGGUGGAGGACACAACCUACAGACUGAAGAUGUCGCAAGUGCAGCAGUCUGACCAGGGGAACAUCUACUGCAGAGCCAGUGAGUGGAUCCAAGACCCAGACCGUUCC